CAGGGGGAGAAGCAGAAAAUUUGGGUAUUUGGCACCAUAACCAUAACGAUUUUCCCCAGAAUCAACGAGCUAUAAAUUGCUGAUUGUGAUGGCUACCACAACGUCGUCGUCGUACAAUGAUAAGUUGGACGAUGUAUCAAAAUUUCUUUUUAAAUCGAGGAAAAAUGUGGACGGGUUUACGAAUCCAAUUGCGGCAUACGUUAUGAAAAAUUCCUUGACAGAACCAGACAUACUACGGAGACUAUACGAGAAAACAUCUGCUGAAACGCCCAGGAUAAGGAUGAUCUCCGAUGCGGAGCAGUGCCAAUUUUUGCGGUUAUUGCUUAAAUUGACAAAUGCAAAGAAAGCCAUAGAAAUAGGUGUAUUUACUGGCUAUAAUCUUCUUAGUGUCGCUAUGACAAUUCCAAAAGAUGGUAAAGUCAUUGGCUGCGAUGUUUCGAGAGAAUACUUUGAUGUUGGAAGACCUUUGAUAGAAGAAGCCGGGGUCAUGGACAAGAUUGAUUUAAGAAUUCAACCAGCUUUACAAACACUAGACGAACUAUUAGCAGCAGGUGAAGGUGGUACUUUUGAUUUCAUUUAUAUCGACGCCGAUAAAAUGAACUAUGAUAAUUAUUAUGAGAAAGGCUUGCAGUUGCUCCGAUCAGGAGGACUCAUUGCCAUUGACAAUGUUUUAUGGAAUGGUCGUGUGGUAAAGAAUGAGAAGGAUGAAGAGACAACCGUAAUCCAUAAUCUGAAUCAAAAGAUGCAUAAGGAUCCGCGAGUUGAUAACAGUCUUCUACCGAUUGGUGAUGGAUUAAACCUGGCAAUGAAGAUUUAAAAACAGUGCUAAUCUUGAUCUGCAUCGCACUUAGAUAAAUUAGGCUGCAUGGGUAAGAUACAGGGUGUCUAAAAAAAUCGAAAUUAACAGCUAGCCAAAUUAUUAUUAAUUAACACGCAAUUAUUCGGUUAUUUCUCGUCAUUAUGACAUGGAAAGACAUAUUUAGAAAGCUAAAUAGCUAUCUCCUCUUUUUUGUUAUGUCAAAAUUCAAUCGUUGGACUCAAUAUUUAAAUUUAUUACGGCAUGUUAAAGUGACUGUCUCCUGGAAACUCGUCUGAUGUGAAUUCGGUCAC